AUGCACACCAUAGAUGUCGCUGGGAAGGUGUGCCAGAAUCACGAGGCCCAUGCUAUUGUAAGCAACAUGCCAAAGCUCUGCCACCUUGAGAUAGGAUACAUGCUCAUUAAGACUAUGGUUGUCGUCAAGAUCGCCUUCCAGCGCCUUGACCUCAAGUUCUUAGAUCUGUGUGGUUGCUGGGACGUUGACGAUACGCUCUUGCAACAGAAUAGUCCUUGGCUGAAAAGCAUCGGCCCCCGCAUGGGCGACUGCUAUGAGAACCACAUCUGCGAGGAGUGCACUGAUGACUCGGAUGAUGAAUACUCAUGA